GUCAAGAAGUAAUCCGAUGUCGAUACCCCCACAACAUCAACAUUCAAUAAUCAACUCGGAGUCUUGCUUUCAAGUGCUUCAACUUCAACAUGUCUCCUAACUCCUACCAAGAAGAAGAUGAAGAAGUUUCAACUUUCUACCACUAAGUCAGGGUUGAUGAAUGAAUAACCUUGAUUCGUGUUGUUGUCAUCUUUCCGUGUCCGUCAUUCUAGGUAAGCUACUAGAAGAUGGGCGACGAUCCUCUCUCGCUCUUAAGGGCAGCGAAGCCUCCUCCCCCUAAGGCAGCAGCAGCGGAAGCACCGAAGCGCGCACCCCUUUUCUCCGAUAGCUUGUUCGACCUUGAUGAUGUGCUUGGAGGCAGCGCCGGAACAGCCGCGCCUUCCGUUGCCGCACCUGCUUCUUCCGCUGGCGGCACGAAGCAGGGAACAAACUUCGGAAACAAUAACUCAAACUCGUUGUUUGGAAAUGUAGCGCCCAGUGCUGCGGGAGCGGGUGCGACGAAUGGUGGUUUUAAUCCUGCUGCGCGCGAUCCGUUGUUCGAUUUUGACGCGGGUUUUGUUGGCUCAACAGGUCCUGAGACAAGUGGCAGUCAGUCUAGUAAAGAGGCCUCGUCCACCGCCGCAAGUAGAGCACCAUUAUUCGGUGGACUUGUGCCAGCUACUAGCAGUACACCUAGCGGACCUAGUUCAGCGGCAAAAGGGAGCUUAUUUGGUGGACCUACUAGUACUACAGGUGCCAACACUAACAUUGCACCACUAGUAUCUGCGAACAGUGGAGGUCCGCCUAUGUUGGGCGAUGAUGCUUUUGGUCGUGGUGGCGCGACAGCGACUGGUGGUUUCGGCUCUUUGUUUGACCUCGGUCCUGGCAUAACAGCUACAGCCUCUACAACUUCUACACGACCCGCAAGCACUAGCAGUACCAACCUCCAACGGCAGCCUCCUGGAGCUCCUCAUCUAGGUGGACGUCUUCCUCUUCCACAGGCUGCACCUUCUUCCUCCAACAUGAACAAUAAUAAACCAGAGGACCCCGUUCGUCCGUUGCCCCCACCACCAAUAGAUACGAGUAACGACCUUGAUGCCUUUUCCUUUCUCGAUCCGAGUCCAAGAGACGGGAUUUUAGGAGCGUGGGGAUCAGCUGGACAAGGAACACAAGCUGGACAAGCAUCAAGUGGAGGCGUGUUAGGAGCCGGUCGAGGAAGUGCGGGUGGGGCAAAUCCGCUUUUUUCUGCAGCCGCAGCGCCAUUGCCAAGUGCGUCAUUCGCUGGACCAGCUGCGGCUGCGGGCUCUGCCGGCAGCGCAACGACUGCAGCAAUGGCGAACAAUUAUGCUCCGGAUUGAAGGUGCUAGUGGUAGUGCUUAGCUUUAGCUCUAGUUCUGAAUCUUUUUCUUAGUUCUUCUCUGCUCUAAUGCAAUAGUAGAAGUGGAGGUGUUGCGGGAUUAGCGGCAAGUGGGAAGAAACACAAAUACAGCAGUGGCAUGCUUGGCGGCUUGAGCUCUCUCGCUUCGUCGGUAAUGAAGCAAGGCGAGAAAAUGCUACAACAGUUAAGGUUGGUACUAACCAUAUAAAUAAUAGAAAUUUUGAGAAAUUGUAGGAAAUUCUUCACUGCUGCCCCCUCAUCAACGACAUUAUUUAAAUAAAAGAUGAGAAGUAGUUGCUCUUCUCACGAAUCUAAUCCCUGCAGCGUCCGCCAGUGCCCCUGAGAACGAAUUUGGUGGUGGUUUCACGGCCGCAGGUUCGGGAAGUACUUUCGAUGCUGCUGCCACCGGUGAAAGCAUAAACAACGUCCUUAACAGCGCCAGUGCGGCUUACAAUAGCUAUGUCAACACGUCUGGCAGUGGAUCGCCACCAGCGCAAUUGGUAGGAGGUGGUGCUGCUGAUAACGGCUUCUUUGGGGUACCUCUUGGCGGAAGUCCUGAUGCUGGUGGGGUAACGAAGAUAGACCCUGCAAUGGCGAUGAGUGGAACACUGGAAAUCCUCUCACCGGAAGGUGCAGAACUGCCCUCUGUGUAUUCUUUCUGGGAACCUGGUUCUAGUCGACGUAAUACUGGAUUUGGAGACAACACUUCUACCGUGUCCUUGGCGUCGUCGAUGGCAGAGGUGCUGACCGAUGCUUUUCCACUGGAUAAGAUGCUUCCAGGAGAGAGCGUCCUUUUUGAGGUUCCCAGGGCAGGAGCAUUGCCCCAGAUGAAUCGCGUCCCAGAAAACUGCGUGCGACUCGUCAUACCCAAUGUAUUCCCGCGUAGCUGCGUCUGCAAGAAGCUGACAGUGUCGAAUUAUCGGAUGUUUUUCCAGCUUUCUGUGGAUCGAGACUUGGUUUUCUCAGGUUUGAGUCCCGAACGACAAAUGGAACUUCUCGACGGGCUAGAUGGACAGGGACGAGGAAGCAGUCCAUCCACGAUGGGCCAGAGCAACUUCCGCGACUCCCGGUCGCGGGAGGCGCUCUCAAGCGUAGCAUCUUCAGAAGAAUUUCUAGACUUUAAAGAUGGCGCUCUCUCAUCGGCGAGUAGCGCCGUGACGGAGAAUUCGAUCCCGCAGGAGCAAGGGGGGCCGACCGACGAAGCCGGUGAUCGCGCGUUGAGCCACCACUUGAAGAGCUCAACUGACGCGAAAAAUGCUGAUGGAACGACACUGAAGCGACCGCUCGCGAAUGCUGGAGCUACUUCAUCCUCAACGAAAGGCGCCAAAGCUAGUGCUUCCAGCGCCCUCUAUCCGCCUUACUCGUUGGCUGCCUGGCUAAAAGACUCCGACUUUUUGUGCGUCCCAUGGGGCAGUGUGCUGUCGAUCAAGCAGUACGAUCAGAGCGGGUACAGAGAACUCUUGAAGGAAUUAGGCCUAAGCUUUGGGGGUGGCAGUGGAGGGGCUACUAUCGCGGCAGCAACAAGCAACUACGCCUACGGAUCGAGAAGCCAGCUCAGCGGAGACUGCUGGAAAGUCGUCACCAAAGAUUAUGAACGGAUGUUGAAUUAUUCUUUCUUGAUGUACUAGUCGCUGAGAAGUUGAUGAAGUAGUUUUUAUUUCCGUACUGAUUAUGAUGUAUGAGCAUGAAGUUUAAGAUCAAUAUUUUAGUCGAUCUCUCAACGGGUCAUAGACAUAGUCAUCUUCAUCUAACUCUCCCUGCGUGUGUUUUAUCUUGAAGAUGUGCCACCGAAUUUCGGGACCCAGUUGCAGGAGGCCUUUCGCAAAUUUGCCAAUGCAGCUUACGGACCUGGCAGCCUCUUCGCUUUUGCCCACAAGAAUGGUGAACUGGCGAAUACAUCAUCAGCCGAACCAACCGGGUCUUCCUCCGGUGUAGUGGGUGAAGGAGGAGGUGAUACACCUGGCGCUGCGGCGAAUCUAACAGGGGGUUUUGACUUGCUGAAUGGAAGCGGCAGUGUCCAGUGCUCGAGCGGUUCAAGUGGAUCUAUUAUGGCUUCGGAUAUUAGUACCCGAUGUGAAAGUGAUCAAUGUCAGGGGCUUUUUGGAGUCCUUAUACAGGUAGAUACCAGGGAUUUCAAACGCGGUUUUUUCAAAUUCGAGGAAUUCUCUAAUACCAAUCCUAGUACAACAGCCGACGCAGGGAAUGCUGUUAGAGAUGGGUGGUUACUCUAUGAUCCUUUUGCGGAGUAUUCGAGGCAAGGCAUAGACAUGGACACGGAAAUGACGGCUAAAUCUCCGAGUCCUUGGCGAUUAAGUCUGGCGAACAAAAGCUACCAGCUUUGUGAGAGCUACCCGCAAUGGCUAGUGGUUCCGAAACGGGUGACGGACGCCGUUCUGCACAACGUUGGGAGCUAUCGUAGUUGUUCCUUAUAUCAAUGGUUUUUCUUUUUCAUAUGACAUGCACACUAGUAGUAUGGUUAUGUUCUGUGGUGGACGAGAUCUCGAUUAUGCUUGCAAGAGCCACCCCAUUUCAUGACUCCCCUCUCAGGCAAAAAGCAUCGCAUUCCUGACAACAAUUGUUUUUCAUAUGACAUGCACACCAAAGUGAAAAUCUACUAUGUACUGAUAAGUUAAACGUCGCAGUACAACUACUAGUAAAUGGUUAUGUUCUACCUCAUCGAAAUCUACUAUAUCAAGUUCUUCACCGCAGGAGUACAACUACUAAACUAGUAUUAUUAGUUCAAUACCCCACGAAUGGGCACACGACGACGAAAUGUUCUUGUUGUUGUUCUACUACCUCAUAGUACAUUCAAAUGGAAAUCUUAGGCAAAAAGCAUCGCAUUCCUGCCCUUUCCUGGUGUGGUGGACGAGAGAUCGAUUAUGCUUGCGUCUUUCGCUCAUCGCAACCUUGUGACGGCCUAUUCGGGAAUCAGAGUGACGCUGAUGAGUACUUGUUGAAAUCCAUCGCUUCACGUGGAGGAGAGAUGCAGCAGCCUCUUUUCGUCCUGGAUCUGCGAACGCAUAAAUUUAAGACAAGUAGACUCAUGAGGAAAGCUGGUUCUGGUAGUCGGUAGUUGGUCGCCUAAUCCAAAUUGAAACUCAAAAACGUGGGGUAAAAUAAAAUGUGGGGUAAAACGGUACCUCGUCUACAGUAACCUCGAGAAUGUGGGGUAAAACGGUACCUCGUCUACAGUAAACACCAGAUAUAUUCUGGCGAUGAUAGACAGAUACAACAACAUAGAAGAUACACUUCACUUUAGACCCUUAGCACGACUAUCAUCGUCAUAAUCCCUUCCCUUCAUCCACGACGAGUACCUCUGACCCGCUCACAAUUAGAAUUAUCCCUGCAAAGAUAUCCAACAAUAUUAAGUGCCGCGUUCGUUCUAACAAAUCUGCCCUAGGAAACAAGGCCGGUGGUGGUGGGUAUGAAGAUUAUCCUUUCUGCCAAUUAGAAUUCGCAGGAAUACCGAAUAUACAUGCGGUGCGUGGCUCCUUUGAAGGCAUGGAAAAAGCUGUGGCGAGGAUUGCUUACAAUCAAUCCGGAAACUGGUUCGCUGAAGUAGGGAACAGCCUGUGGUUCGAAAAUCUCUCGCUCGUGUUGCAGUUAUGCCGCGAUGAUAAUCAUAAUCAAAUUUGGAAAUACAAUACAUUACAAUUCAUCUCGCACAGUUUUCAGUGCAGACUGCCGCGCGGCGUCAUAGUUUAGUAGCGCGAAAAGGACCCAGCUGCAGUUCCUCUUCGUAAGCUACUGGCUAGCUGUUUGGUCAACACACAGCGAUAUUCUACUAGCUUGCAACAAACACCACUCAUCUUCUAACAUCCGCCGCAGCCAACGUAGCUUGGAAACUUCGACAAAAACGGGCUUGCCUAGUCCAUUGUUCGGACGGCUGGGAUCGGACAGCGCAAAACACCACGUUAGCCAUGCUUGCGCUAGACCCCUACUACAGAACACUUGAAGGUAACAACUUUCUUUUCACCAUCUCAUGCCACUUUUGCUUUACCUUGAUUUUGAAGAAGUUGUUGCUCAGAAACUGAAGUGAUGAACUUUGUACCUGCUGAGAAACCUGUUGGUGCACCAGUGAUUAUUCCCUGUAGUUUUCCUCGUCAUCAUCAUCGUCAUCGCUAGGUUUCUGCGUGUUAAUCCAGAAAGAGUGGGUUUCCUUCGGGCAUCAGUUCAAAACGCGACUGGCCACAUCGAUGAAGGCUGGUGGCGAGUACUCACCUGUUUUCUUCCAGUGGCUUGAUGCGGUUUACCAAGUGGCGGUUUGCCAAUAUCCUUAUGAACCAAUGUUCUCUAAGACAAAAAUCAAGAUUAUACAAUGAAUUCAAAUUAUCCAUCGUCUUCCACGACUACUACUCAGACUCCAGCCUUUGCUUCCAUCUUCUAGACUCUGAGGCCGUAUGCCUCGGCUUAUAAUAAGAAUAAUUAUUUUAUUAGUUGAUCAGUGUAGCGGUUAGAAGGCAGAGAACUGGUUCUCUGUGACUCAUCUCAAAUUGAUUAGUUUCCCAAUAACAUUCAAUGGCACUUAUCUCACGCUUCAUCCGUUAUUAAUAAGUAGAUACAUCUAGUACAACUGAAGUAAAUAAGCAGGAGCCGGUUAGAAGUUUUCAUCUGUAUCCAUCCCUAGGCUUAUCCCUCUUUCAAACAAUAUUAAUACACCUACAGCUAGAACGCUCCUCUUUGUCCUCUUUGUUCUAAUUCUCUGAUGCCUUUGAAUUCAACGAGCGCUUGUUGUUGGACUUGGGCAGCUUCGUUGUGGAUAAUCGGUUUGGAACGUUUCUCGCGGACAAUGAGCGCGAAAGCGUCACUUGCUACGCGACGCGGACCGAAUCCGUAUGGAGUUAUAUUUUGCGCCGCCGCGAUCUCUACGCAAAAUGCGGAGGAGGAGACACCAAGAGAAGGAGCUCGUUCUUGCCCAUCGUCUUCUCCCAGGCAAGACUAAAUUAUGAUUUUUGAUCUACUUCACUGAGGUUGAAGAUGAUUUGUGAUUAAGAGACUGACAACCAUAGCACCGAAGUUGGAGCGCCGACACGAAAGUCAUUUUUGAUCUACUGCACUGAAGUUGUACAUUUUGUGAUUAAGAGACUGACAACCAUAGCACCGAAGUUGGAGCGCCGACACGAAAGUCAUUUUUGAUCUACUUCACUGAAGUUGUGCAUUUUUUGAUUAACAGACUGACAACCAUAGCACCGAAGUUGGAGCGCCGACACGAAAGUGAAAGACUAUUGAUGCUGAAACUAUUACUACUCAUAGAUACAUCUACUGGGGAACAGCUUUUAAUUACUAACAGACUGACGAGCUUCUCCUACCUUCCUCUUGGUGUUACUAUCCACCGAAGAGAUUCUUCGUAUCCGCCGAAGAGCUUCUUCGUAUCCACCGAAGAGCUUCUUCAUCCAUUUAUCUAUUGCUCUAAUGAAAAUUGUGGCAUGGCUUUUGGUUCCGCUACCAUCCGCACUUGUGGGCCGUUACGUAAGGCGAGCUCCUGCGUUGGCAGGUGGUCAUCUUUUGUCGCACGAGAGCCAGUACUUACACAGGAGAAUCACUAGUCGUGGUUAUCCUACAACUUCGCAUGAGCGGGUGGGUACAGAUUUUUUAGGUUACAUACACAUUAAACACGAGCAUUUAGGCACUGUGCAGAUUUUUUUAGGUUACUUACAUACACUAAGAACGCGACCAUUCAGGCACUGUUGUUUCUCUUGAAUCUUCACGUGUUUUCAAGAAGAGUUCAUUUCUCGAGCGCGCAUGAUCAUGCGAUUUCAGCCUUAAGAAAACCCGUCCAAAACCAAAUGUAGCAGCUAGUAUCGGAGACGAAAAGUACAGCGUCCUUGUGCCUGCCUAUAAGAGUACGCACAUAAUUCACAACUUG